AUGCGGCUAAAAUAUUCGAAAACGUUAUUAGAAUCACAGGGUUGCGACUGUCCAGUUGCAGACAUAAGUUGGUCCCCUAAUAACGUAAAACUAGCUGUGGCGACAAAUGAGCGUCAAAUAUUGUUAUUUGAUCGUGAGGGUACCCGGCGCGACAAGUUUAGUACGAAGCCUGCUGACUCCGCUGCUGGAAAGAAAUCUUAUGUUAUUACCAGUACGUAUUCAAAUAAAAUGUUAACUAUCAAUGCUCCGACAUUUUCAUGA